AUGUGGAUGUAUUGGCCUGUAUUGGGCUAUGGUGUGACACUGAGGGUGGUUUUAGAUGAGAUCACCGAGAUGGAUUUUGCAGUGAAGAAGUUAGGUGCCAGAAAUCAACAUGAUAUGGAAGUUUUUGAGUGGUUCAAAGUACAUGUAAUUGAAUCCAAGCUGGAUGUGAGCAUAGAUCAUCAGGAGUUGUUCAUAUUGUUGUCAGCUGGAGGCGAUGUGACAGAUGAGGAUAUAACACUUCUAAUCAAUGCUGGUCUUCUUACUCGCCAGAUGAUUGACCCAAAUAUGUACUGGUUUGCAAUUCCAAACAUUGGUUCGGUACUCAAAGGUCUCUCCCAGGUAACUUGAUUCUUUGUAUGGCAU